AUAAUUUCAAAAUGUCCGUAUUUUUGUGAUCUUUUUGUCCUUAGGACUUUAUCUACCAGUGAUGAUGUUGAGGACCGAGAGACUGAGAAAGGCCGCCUGGAAGAAGCUUAUGAGAAAUGCGACCGGGAUUUGGACGAGCUCAUUGUCCAGCACUACACCGAGCUCACCACUGCCAUCCGCACAUACCAGAGCAUCACAGAGCGCAUCACCAACUCGCGCAACAAGAUCAAACAGGUGAAGGAGAAUCUGCUAUCGUGCAAGAUGCUGCUGCAUUGCAAGCGAGAUGAGCUGCGCAAGCUGUGGAUUGAAGGGAUUGAGCACAAACACGUCCUGAAUUUGCUGGAUGAGAUUGAGAACAUCAAGCAAGUGCCUCAGAAGCUGGAGCAGUGCAUGGCCAGCAAGCACUACCUCAAUGCCACAGACAUGCUGGUAAGAUGUGGUAAACAGAUGCUCGUGGCUUAUAAAAAGCCUGAAGUGAUCCGACAAGGAGCCUGUAUCCCUCGCAUUGAAAUUGGAGCACUGAUGAAUACUCUCGCCUGUAGCCUUGUGAUACAUACAGUGGAAAUUAGACCUUUGCAGUCGUCGUGA